UCAUUUUACGAAUAUCACUUUUUAUAAGUUAAUUCUUAGUGGGACACGUAAUAGAAUGAUGAAAUUGCAAUUGUUCGUCUUUGUACCGGAUCGUUUGCGCUCGCCGUUUGAUUAAAUGUCAUUAACAGUGUUAAUUUAUUCGUUGAGGUUGUUAAUUGUUAACCGAUGCUAAAAACUAUAUGAUAAUAUUUACUAUUAAAUUUCAUCCACUUACAGUGAAACGCUGUUAAAUCAACAUUUAAAGAAUAGUUUGUUUAGCUUCUGUAAAAUCAUGUGUUCCACGUCGGUUUCAUAGUAAUUAUUUGAAAUUUGUUGAAUAAUAGUUAUAAUUUUAUUAUACAAUCGCAAAUUUAAUCAAAUCACGAAAAAAUAGACUAGUUUUAAUAAAAACAUGGCUAGUAAUUCCAGUCCAAUAUCUGAUUUUUUUCGAGGCCGUCAUGUAUUAAUCACUGGAGCCACAGGGUUUAUGGGUAAAGUUUUGGUUGAAAAAUUGCUACGUUCAUGUCCAAACGUUGCUUGUAUAUAUUUGCUAAUUAGGUCAAAACAAGGACACGAUGUUCGAACUAGAGUCGAUGGAUUACUCAACGCUACUAUAUUCGAUUGGUUGAGAAAGAAUCAACCAGAGUCUUUAAAAAAAUUAGUACCUAUCAACGGUGAUGUAACACAAAAUGAACUUGGCAUAAGUACGUUAGACCAGAAAACUCUGACCGAUAACGUGUCCGUUGUAUUCCACUCAGCAGCGACUGUCAAGUUCGACGAAGCACUUAAAUUAUCGGUGGCGAUGAAUUUGUUGGGAACCAAAAGACUAAUGCAGUUGUGUCGUCAAAUGAACAAAUUAGAAGCAUUUGUCCAUGUGUCUACUGCUUAUUGCAACUGUAACCGUAAGGAAGUUGAAGAACAUAUGUACCCUAUAUCAUCGGAUCCUGAUAAAAUUGUUCAGUGCGUUAAUUGUCUAGAUGAAAAGCUUUUAGAAUCAAUAACACCACAAAUUAUUAAGGGAUGGCCGAAUACAUACACAUUUACUAAAGCACUAGCAGAAAAAAUGCUGUUACAACAAGGUGAAGGUUUACCCAUUGUAAUUGUCAGGCCUUCAAUAGUUACUGCUUCAUGGAAAGAACCAAUUUCAGGCUGGGUAGAUAAUCUCAAUGGACCGACGGGUUUACUGGCUGGCGCCGGUAAAGGUGUGUUGAGAACAUUGCUAUGUCACAAGGAUCUCAUAGCUGAUUUAGUUCCAGUUGAUAUUUGUAUUAACCUUUUAAUAUCUACUGCCUGGUACACAGCAACUAAUAGGCCUACUACUAUAAAAAUAUAUCACUGUACUUCAGGAACUACAAAUCCAAUUUAUUGGAAAGAUAUUGAAGCACUUGGUCAUGAGUUUAUUAUUAAAAAUCCUUUCAGUGAUGCAGUUUGGUAUCCGGGUGGUAGUUUUAAGAGUAGCCGAGUUUUCAACUCCUUAUGUGUAGCUGUUUUCCAAGCUUUACCGGCGUACUCCAUUGAUACAGUGGCCAAAAUAACCGGACAUCAGCCAAAAUUAGUAAGAAUUCACAAGAAGUUACAAAAAGCUGUUUCGUGCCUUGAAUUUUUUACUACUCAUGAAUGGCAUUUUAAAAACACUAAUGUACAGAGACUAUUUGCCGAAUUAGACCCCAACGAUCGAAAGACAUUUUACUUUGAUAUAUCAAAACUGGAUUGGCGAAAAUAUGUUGAGUCAUAUGUAUGGGGAACAAGAAAAUUUAUUCUAAAAGACGAUCCAAGUACUUUGCCUAAAGCUAAAGUACAGCUAUCACGAUUAUACUACUUGCAUCGUGUUACCCAAGCAGCAUUAGCUGUUGUUGCAGUUAGAUACAUAUUAAUGUGCAAUAAUUCAACUAAGCGGUUAUGGUAUUCAGCUUUGUAUUUUCUUAUAAGUUUAAUGAAAAUUAUUACUUCACCACUAAAAAUAACGUAGGAUAUUACUUAAAUUAUUUUAAUAUCAUAUCUCAACGUAUGUAUGCUUUUUAUUUGAGCUAUAAACAUACGACGUUACAUAUGAAACUUAACAAUCAACAACCCAAAUAUUUUGUUCGUUAUAUUGUUUAUAUAUUAUAAAAUAUGUACUUUGAAACAUAUAAAAAUAUUUAUUAGAGAAAAUGAAUGUCUGAUAUUAUAAAAAUUGUUAUUU